UUUGUAAAGUUUCUUUUACUUUUCUCUUUAGUUGCAUUUGUGUGUCUACUAUUGAUCAGUUGGAUGAUCGAUCAAAAUAGACACAUGCGGUCAUAGUCUCCCCCCCCGGCUUAUCUUCAAGUCGAUAUACUAAACGAAACUACUAUUCUGGGCCCCCCUCUUCUCGAAAUCCCACGGGCUCAAAUUCCUUGACGUAGUCUUCCACACUUGGCGCCCUAUCACAGCCUCUGGAAGAUUCCCGCCCUCGAUGCCUGUUCCAAAGCUUGAGCUACAACAAAGUAGUCGCCUGAGAUCUAUCUCAACGUCGAGCAACAACUCUCCCGUUCCCACCCCCGCGCUGACACCGACACACCAACACACCUUUUCACUCUCUAACAGCAAGAAUCGGAAUGCCCGUCACACCCGGACCACUUCUUGGACAUCCGGUCACGACGGAGGCGAACCCUCUCCACUAGAUUUCCCUGCACAGCAACGUCGUCGUCGUGAGUCUAAUAUCUCUCUCGCCGACCUUUCCGAGGGCUCAUCGGACCGAUACGGCGACGACUCCGACGAUAGGAUGGCUCUAAGAAACACCUCAUUCGAGCAAUCCGGCCAUGCCCGGAACCGUUCACAGAGCCACACCCAGGCCUCCUUUAUGCAACCACAGCAGUUCUCCGCUGGCCCGCCUCCGCGUCCAGGGCCCGUCACUUGGAUGACCCUGCCGCGGAAGAAGCAACUCGCAUUGUUAGGGUUGUGCCGUGUAUUUGAUUUUUUGCAGAUUGCCUCGUUGCAGGCAUACAUGUUCUACCAGCUCAAAUCCUUUGAUGAGACCCUUUCCGACGCAGAUGUGUCCACCCAGGCCGGUAUCCUCCAAGGUGCCUUUACCGCGGCCCAGUUCGCUACGGCGAUUCCCUGGGGUCGAGUGGCUGAUGCCGAAUGGGGUGGACGGAAGUUCGUCCUUUUAGUUGGCCUUUUGGGUACGGCGGUGUCGUGUCUGGGUGUCGCUUUUGCUACGUCGUUCGCGCAGGCCGUGUUCUGGCGUUCAUUUGGCGGUGCCAUUAAUGGUACGGUGGGUAUUAUUCGGACCAUGAUUGCCGAAAAUGUCAAAGAGAAGAAAUACCAUUCCCGCGCGUUCCUGAUUCUACCGAUUGGAUUUAACAUUGCUUCUUUGUUCGGACCUGUUAUGGGUGGUAUGCUCGCCGAUCCGGUGCGCAGCUAUCCUACGUUGUUCGGUCCCAACUCGUCUUUUGGAGGGGCGAACGGCGUACAAUGGCUCGAGCGCUAUCCUUAUGCAUUGCCGAUGUUGGCCAAUACUGUUUUCCUCUCCUUUGCUGCAUUCUGUGUUGGUAUUGGCUUGGAAGAGACCUUGGACGCUUGCAAAGGCAAACCUGGCUUGGGUGUUUUCACCGCCAGGAUCUUCGCCCGCGGUAUCCGUGCUGUGGUUCCCUCGUCGUCCCCGUUAUACCAGAGACUGCCUUUCGCCGAUUACGACGAGGAAGGUCCUCUGUUGAGCACCCACCGCGAUCCUACCGAGAGCUACGAACUGGAAGAGAAGGCUGCCAAGCCGUUGCGCCACAAACGCACGUUACCUUUCCGCAGACUUUGGACGAAGAACGUGCUGUGUACGCUUUUGGCGCAGGCCUUCUUCGAUUUCCAGAUGGGUGCAUUCAACAACCUCUGGCUGCUCUUCCUGUCAUCACCCCGUUAUGAUUCCAAUGACCCCGCCGCCCCUGCUCAGAGGCUGCCAUUCAUCUUUACUGGCGGACUGGGCAUGUUGCCUCAGAGCGUGGGGUUUGCUACGGCCAUUCUGGGUAUCAUCGGCAUGCUCCUCCAGUUCACCGUGUAUCCCGCAAUCAACAGCCGCCUGGGAACGGCCAAGAGUUACCAGUACUUCUUGACUUUGUUCCCCUUGGCUUAUGCGUUUGCCCCGUAUAUCGCACUUGCCCCGUCCAGCGCACCACCCCCGGGUCAGGCCAACGGGCCGUGGAUAUGGUUUUCUAUCAUUGUUGUCCUUUUCCUGCAAGUCACAGCCCGUACCUUUACACUUCCGACCUCGAUCAUCUUGCUGAACAACUGCUCGCCACAUCCCUCGGUGCUGGGCACCAUCCACGGGAUUGGCCAGUCGGUGUCCUCCGCCUUCCGUACCAUUGGACCUAUCUUUUCCGGGUCGUGGUACGGAUACGGUCUGGAGAUCGGUACGGUCGGGUUCGCCUGGUGGCUGAUCGCCCUGGUGUCCGUUUUUGGAUGCGUGGCGGCCAUCUUUGUCUACGAGGGAUCUGGCCAUGAGAUUAUCCUCCCCGGAGAGGAGGACGACUUCCGGGACCGUCACUAAUCGGAUUGGUUCAUUAUUUCCUAUUAUUUGCAUUCAGGUCUCCUUGGCUUUCUUCAUGUUAUAUCUUUGUCUCGUUCUAUAUUGGUUUUGUUCUCUUUGCCUCAACUUACUGUACAUAUGGGGACACAUGCAUAGUUGGUGCCCGGUUGGUUCUCUCGUUUCCUUUACCACUGCGCCGGUCUGUUCAUAGCGGUGCUUUCAUUGCUCGGAUACCUUUUUUAUUUCUUAUUCUGUGACAUAUGCUCGCUUGCUCUGAUGCAUGAUGACAAAAAGAAAAUUGCGGCAGUGGUUCGAUAGAUCGUGAUACAUAAUACAUAGAAUCUCUCAUGACAGUGCGUUCAGGAUAUCAUUAUCAUAAGCAUGUCGACCAGACAGGCAGAUAAAAGGGAAAAAAAAAAAAAAAAAAAAAA